CAGUAAACACUGAUCACGUGACUGCAGAUCUGCUCUACGCGAAUGGCUGCAGUCAGGGCGAGCGACGGAGGAAGGAGAGACUUUUACAUUGCCAGCAAAGGGCAUGCAAACGGAUUUAAUUUAAAAACAACUUCGCAAAGAAAUGCCACUGCACUGUAGGAAGGAGAACUGAAAGAAAAGCAACAGCAUUCAUGGAUAUAGUUGACACCUUUAACCAUUUAAUUCCCAGUGACCAGUUGGAUGACACCUUAUUACUAGGGCCGAACUUGGAAAGUGAAGUCAGUGAUGAAUUUGGAACAGGUCACAACUUAGAAGACUCUCUUAAGAACAUGUUGAGUGACAAGGAUCCCAUGCUUGGAUCUGCUAGCAGCCAGUUUCACCUUUUAGAUAAUGACGAUACCAACUUUCAAGCCGCUGGCUCAACAGUUGUAGGACUUCAAGACAUCACGAAUGAGGGAGAAUUAAAGGAAAGUGGCCAUAAUAUCAUUGAGGAAGAAGACUUGAUGCUUACCGGCAAAAGCCAAAGAGGCAGAUCUGUAAAUGCUGCUUUGCAGUCACCUAGAAAGUCACCACGCUUAAUGGCUCAAGAACCUGUAAGACAUUUACGACAGAGUACCUUAGCAAGACGUUGCAGUCCUUCAAAUGCUUUAAAGAAAUCCCCAGCAAAAGGUGACCCAGGGAGAAGGGGGGAACAAAAACAGCACGAAAACUUAACUGGACAGGAUGAAUCGGAAAGUUGUUCACAAGAGUCAGGCCUGCAUAGUGUUCAGCGAGAAAGGCAGAUUAUACCUACAGGUAUUUCUACAAUGAAUUCUGCAGCAGUAGCUCCCAAGGAAGAAGAAACUGUUGAGGCUUCUAACAGUGGAUUAAAGGUGGAAGAGCAGUCCAGUGGGACUCCUAUGACAGACGUAAACAUGGCACAGACUCAGAAAAAUGAGGACAGCUCUAUCUGUCAGAUACAUAACACAGAUAAGAAAAUCAGUGGGGAACAAGAUAACACAUUGUAUGAAACUAGCAGCAGUGAAAAUGCACCAACUACUGGACUACAUAUUGAGGGAAACAUGAGUGAAGUAAAAGGAAAUGCAAACGAUGAGAUGGAAAUAAAUAUCCUGGGUUCCUCUGAGUUAGGGGCGUGUGUAAACCCUAAUGAAGUUCAGGAAGUCCCCAGUAUGUUACUGAGCAAUCGUAAGGUAGAAGAUCAGACCAAAAAAAACAUUCCAGAUAAAUCUGCAAUUGAACCAGAAAAUGUCUGUGAACAAAUAAUAGAUGCUCAGACAUUGGGACACAGCAGUGUUGAAAGAAUUGGUCCUGAUCAAAGUCAGGAUGUUAAUGAAACCCAGCAGCAUACAGACACCAACGCAGAAGAAAGGCUUCAUCCAUCUAAAGGUCAAAAGAAUGAAGAAUCUCAGAGCAAACUGGACCAAAAAUAUCCAAUAAAGAAACCGUUAAAAUCUAAAGAGAUGCAGUCGACAUUAAAACAGCAUCCUAAGCUUUUACCAAAGUUGCAGACAGAGUUACUUAUGGAACAUACAUUUGCACAGCAGAGAAAGGUGAGGACAGAUAUUCAGAAUGAUCAGGGGCCCAAACGGAAGCAGCCCUUGACAGCUAUUAAACGUAAAGGAGAUGACGUCAAAAUGCACCAGCUACAGUGUGCAGCAAAACUUCUGAAAACUGAAGGAAGCACCCAGGAAGUGAAGUCAAAAAUUGGGGAAAAAACACAUCCGAAGCAAGCACAGAUGCUGCAACCUAGCAUGAGUUUAAAGUCUCCAGAGUCAGGUAGACCAGCAAAUGCAAAGUUAGCCAUUGGUGUCAUUCAAGAUAGAUAUAAGUACCAACAGCAGACUAGACAGUUGUCUCAUAUGAGCCAAAAACAUCAUGUGGCAAUAAGUAAAUCCAGCUUUAUUCAAAAGGAUGAGCUAGAAGAGGACGAUGGAGAAAAACAUAAAUUGAAAAAGAAUGAGAAGGGAUUGUAUAGACAGAGGAUAAGCAGCAGGAGCCUCUCUGUAAAUGAGCCUCCCUUGUUCAUCCCAGACAAUGCACCAGCAGUGAAAAAGGAUUCUCCUGAAGAUGGAGAUUCAAACGAUAAUGAAGUUGUGUGGGAUCCCAACAAGAACUGUGGUUUCUGUAAAAAAGCUCACAGCAACAGGUUUAUGGUGGGAUGCGGACGUUGUGAUGAUUGGUUUCAUGGUGACUGCGUUGGGCUCGGCCUUGCUCAGGCACAGCAAAUGGAGCAGGAAGACCAAGAAUAUGUAUGUUUAAAGUGCUGUGCUGAGGAAGAUAAAGGAGAUAAAUCCAGUGCACAGAACCCUUGUGCAAAACAACAACCCAGUUCCUUAGAGUGCCACUCCAAACCAGAGAACCAGGAGAGCAGAUCUGCAGUUAAGCAUGAAAAACUUGGGCAGCCAGCAUCCUACCCUACAGGUGUCUGUAACCUUAACCUUGGGAUGAAUGAAAAAGCAAAGCAGUCAGAUGUUAUUAGGAAGUACAAAGUCAAAAUAUUCAGAAAGGAAUCGACAGAGGGAGUUUCCUCUGAAUCCAGGGAAAUGGAGAACAGAAAGGUGCAAACAGUGGGGAGAAUGAGAGGCCCCUCAGGGGACUGGAUGGAGCAUGGGGACAGUGAACCAAAACCAGGAGUCAGUGAGAGGCAAGAUGUCAAGAAAAAGAAAAUAGAAAAGUCUCCUUUCUCCACACUCUCUUCCUCAAAAAAACCCUCAGUUGAGCAAAUAAGGCAGAAUGUCCGUGACUCUCUGAAGGAAAUUCUCAGUAAAAGACUCUCUGAAUCUAAUUUGAAGAUUUCUACAGACAGAGCUGCAAAGGUUGCCUUGAAGACUGAGAGAGAACUGUUUUCUUUCUUUCGGGACACAGACACCAAAUACAAGAGCAAAUACCGAAGCUUAAUGUUCAACCUUAAGGAUGCUAAAAAUAAAGUCUUAUUCAAGCGUGUUCUCAAAGGUGAGAUUGGUCCAGAUCAUUUGAUUCGUAUGAGUCCUGAGGAACUUGCUUCAAAGGAACUGGCUGCUUGGAGGAAGAGAGAGAAUCAACAUACAAUUGAAAUGAUUGAAAAGGAACAGCGAGAUGUUGAAAGGCGGCCAAUCACAAAAAUUACUCACAAAGGAGAAAUAGAAAUCGAGAAUCAAGAGCAAGUGAAAGAGCCUGAAGUAAUGGAGGUAGAGCAGGAACCAGUGCCUAAACCAGUAGAAGAACCAGAGGAAGUUACAGAAGAGGCAGAUUCUGAAAGUACCAAAGAUACAACAAGCCAGCAUAAGAAACACCUGUUUGACCUUAACUGCAAAAUCUGCACAGGAAGGAUGGCUCCACCUGUAGAUGACGUUCCUUCAAAGAUAGUGAAGGUUGCAACUUCUGUCAUACGAAGGCAAUCAAAUAUUGAAGGGGAAACGCUGGUUAAUACUGCUUCUACCUACUCAGAAGAUCUGCCUUUCAGUGCCCAAGAUGAGAGAAACACUGUUUCCCCCAGUGCCUCAUUCUGUGCUGAAGGGAGGUUUAAUGCAUCUGGGAAUGCAAAAGAUGAAGCUGCAUUCCUUGGUCGUUUAGAGUCUCUUUGGAAAGGAUUCAUCAACAUGCCUUCUGUGGCAAAGUUUGUAAUUAAAGCCUAUCCGGUGUCUGGCAUAUUAGACCAUCUUACUGAGGAUCUACCAGAUAGCAUUCAGGUUGGAGGUAGGAUAUCCCCACAGAUGGUAUGGGAUUAUGUGGAAAAGAUACGUGCCUCUGGGACAAAAGAGGUGUGCUUAAUUCGCUUUUGCCCCGUGACAGAAGAGGAUCAGAUCUCUUACACUUUACUAUAUGCAUACUUCAGUAGCCGAAAGCGUUACGGUGUUGUAGCCAACAACAUGAAGCAGGUGAAGGACAUGUAUCUCAUACCCCUGGCAUCCUCAGAAAAAGUUCCUCACCAUCUUGUGCCCUUUGAUGGCCCAGGUUUAGAAGUCAGACGCCCAAACCUCCUUCUGGGAUUAAUCAUUCGGCAGAGGGUUAAGAGAGACUUUGUAGUCCUGCCUGUAGUUGCCCCUGAAACGGCAUCCAACAGAUCUUUACCUGAGAAUAGCAAAACUGAUUUACCAAAUGAAGCAGAAGCAGCCGCCGAUGAGGAAAAAGAUUUAUUUAACUCGCUUGCACCAGUACUGCUAAAGCAUCACAACAAGCCUCAGCAGUCUAGUGAAGAUAAAGAUGAAGAAGAUGAAAGUAAAGAACCCACUACAGCUGUGGAAAGUAUCUUGCAGGAGCCAACAAAACCUUUAAGGUUUCUUCCUGGAGUGUUGGUUGGUUGGGAGAACCAAACAUCCCCUCUUGACCUAGCCAGCAAGCCAUUAUCUGUGGAUGAUAUUCUUCAAAGCUUAUUGGGCACAACAGACAAAGUACCUGAAGAACAGAACACCUUAGAUGCUGGAACUGUCUUAGAUUCCACUUCCAGUAAAAGCCCAGCCUUGAGUACUCCCAGGUCAGAUCGUUUUAUAGUAAAAAGGAGAGAAAUUAAAGUUGUUAAAUCUGAGCACAAUCUGCAAGACACUACCAGUCCAACUGACGGAUCCAAACAAAAAGAUUAUGUAGAUCUAGAAAACUCAAGGGCAACAAGUUCUGUUUCCCUGAAAGAUAAACCACCAGACAUUUCCACUGAGGCCUUCCUGGCAAAUAUAUCCCCAGUUAAAACAGAGAAAGAAAACAAUAAAGGUACUGCAGAGCAUACUGAACAGCAGAUGUAUGAUCAACAAAAAGUUGAAAAAGAAAGCUUGUAUCUGGAACAUGCUAGUAAUGGAAAUGUAUGUCCUGUAACUGUAUCUUGUACAGUUGGUGAAGACAACACAUCUCCUGUUACUUCAAAAUCAUUGUUUCUGAUACCCAAAAGGGACCCCCGUCAAGCUGCUGGAAGAAACUUGCAAUCCAGCACCACAGAUAACUUUCAUGAUGGGGAUGAAAAUAGAAACAUCAUUACAAAAGAAGGCACUAUUAAAAUAGAAAAUACAUUUUUGGCGACAAAAGCUAAUUUCAUUCCUACAGAUCAGAGUCAAGGAUAUAACUUGCCUACUGUGUUAAGUACUGGGACAGAACAGCAAAGUUUUUCAUAUCAGCAAGGUACAAAGUAUCUACCUGUAAAUGAAGAAAUACAAAACAUUAACACAAUUCCGUCAUUCAGAAGGGGACCUGACUUCAGUUUGUCUUCACACGGUCAGGUUCCGGGUCCUGUUGCAGGUCACUUCCCACAAGCAGGAUUUCCAGCAAAUAGCAUCCCACCAGCUCACCUUGGUAGUCCUGGGUUUCACUUCCAGAGAAUGCCGAAUUCAGAUUUUUCGGCAAAUACAGUGUCUAAUUUUCAACCCCAGCAUCCACAAAUACCACCUCUGUUUGGUUUUCCAAGAGGUCCUCCUCCAGUGUUUCAUCCAUCAGAAUCUGAAGUUCAGAAUCAUGGCAUGUCUUGGCCUCCACCUGCCUCAUUUCCACCAAGCUUUCCACCACACCACACAGGACUUGCACCUUCUGGUCCACACUUACCUUAUGAUUCAAGAUAUGGAGGCUCUUCAAAACCCCACACGAUUACGGAGGAUAAAGGACCAGAAAGAAGCUACAGUGACCCCUGGAACAGACAACCUCAGCAUUCUGAAAAGAGCGACCGGAGCGAACACCAAAGCAGGCAAAGGUAUUACAGUGAAUCCCAUCAUGAAAGAAAAGGAAGACAUCAUGAAAGGGAUUAUGAGCGAGAUAGGGGUAAAUAUGGGGAACGUCAUUCAGAAAAAGAUGGCCCCAGAGAAAGAAGUCGAAGCAGGGAUGAGAAAGACAGAGAAAGGAGGAGAAGCCAGGAAGAGAGGCAUAGAGUUAAAGACAGGGACAGACACGGUGUUGAACAUUUGAGAGGGGAAAGACACCCUGAACGACCGAGAGAUAGGCACCGGAGUGAGGAAUACAGUAGUCGUUCUGACAAAGAAAGGGAGAAGACCAGGGAAAGAGAUAAAGACAAACAUAAAGACUUUGAUUAUGAAAAAGUAAUCAAAGAUACAAAAUCAAAAGAUGAAAAACAUUUAUGAUGGAUAUAUAUAUAUAAAAAAGCAUUUUUUUUUUUUUUGCAUUGUCAGCAGUGUCAACAGUGCUUUUUAUUGUUACCUGGUAGAAAACAGCAUUUUUAUACCUAAGUGAUAUUAUAUAUAUAUAUAUAUAUAUAUAUAUAUAUAUAUAUAUAUAUAUAUAUAUAUAUAUAUAUAAUUUUUUCCUCUUGCUUUCUCAUAAAUACAACUUUAGAAGUAGAAGCCAUUCUAUUUGCAAUAGCUUAGCAUUUUGAAGUGUUGGAACUGUAAAACAAAAAACAAAAUAAAACAUUUUUUAUUGACAUGUUGAUUACAUUGUAAGGCUAGCUAGGUACAUUUUAAUAAAUGGUACAUUUUUUAAAGGUAUUGGUAUUUGUUUGAAAGUGUACAUUUUAUUUCUGGCUGUAAUAUUUCUAGUAUAUUUUUUUUUCAGUCGUGUACUUUAUAAAUUGCACUAUUGUGAUUUGGAUUGUAAUCAAUGUUCGGAUAUUUGCAAAUUAUACUCUGCAAAAAUACAUCACUAAAAAAAUAAACCCCUUUCAAGUUAAAAUGGUAAUAGAUUGUGAAUUAAGAUAUUUGCAUUGCAAUCUUGCUUUUCUUGGAAAAGGUCCCAAGGUCUCAUGUGUUAGUUUUAAUAAAACUAAAACAACCUUAACUUUGUGGCUUAAACAUUUCAAAUUUGUAUCCAGUUUGUCAUUUUAAUUCUUUCCCCCUUUAUCAUUUAAAGUCUGUUUUUAAUGUUUAAUGUUUAUUACCUAAUUGUUUUAUAUUUCUGCUAAAAAGGUAAUCGUUUUAAAAUGUGUUCGCUGAACUCUGUUUUGUUUUAAAUGUGUUUUUUUUUUUCUCAAACAAUAGCAUUCAAAGGCAGUGCUUAUUGAAACAUACUACUGCUUUGCCUCUGUGGAACAUAGAAGCUAACAUUUGUCCUUUUUUCUAAUGACAAUAACGACAAUAUCCAUAAACCAGGUGGAGAAAACUUGAGUAAAAACAAUUCUCAACUCAAUUUUGAACAAUUUUGUAGUUGGCUUUUGGAAGCUGUGUUUUUACUUUAACUGUAAGAAUUUGAGAGUGGGUCGCAAGAAAACAGUUGCACCAAAACCAUGAAGAAAAAUUAUGGUUGCAGAAUGUAUAAUUUAUGUAAGGCUUUUCGAACUCUUGCCUAACGUUGCCCUGACCUUGUAGCUUUGCAUGUAGCUAGAACUACAGUCAUUGCUGAGAUUUGUGAUAAGUAACUUGUUUUUUUUCUUGGAGUGCAGCUGUGACCUCGGAUGGAUGAUAAUACCCUUGUUUUUGUUUUGAUCAUAUGUGCAAACCACAAUCAAACCAACUGAAACUGAUUCCACACCACAAACAUGCUAAAGGUGAUGCAGUAUAACUUUAGGUAAGCAUCACAAAAUGUCUACUGACACACCUCCUACGAAGGGGGGCAAACUCUGUUCAUUGGUGAAAGUAGGGAAUUUCCACAUUCUCUAGGUGGAGUUUGACUCCCAGUGGGCAGGUGUUUGUUAGGUAUAUUAAUGCUUGUAAAAGGUAUUUCGUUGCUCUGGUUCUGUCUGCCGAGAUCUGUAGGUUUAUUUGCAUCUCUGUUGCUUAUAUUACUUGCAGUGCCAUGGCUGUUGCUGUUGUAUCCUGUACUACUUUUUUUUAACUGUUUGUUCCUGGAUAAAACUUUUGAUUAAACUUACGUGAAGAA